GUACCCAACUGAAUGGGCUCUGAUUUGUUGGCCAAAAUCUUGUUGAGAUUUUACAUCAGCGGUGUCGCUUUCUCUGGCCCGUUCCCACAAGUUGGCACAGGCAUUAUCUGCCUUUGUCCUUCACCGUACUGGCUGUCUGCAUUACACUGAAAAGUGCGUUUCCUGUCGUUGUCCUCAAGAUGCCAGCGACCGGGCUGCGUUCACAUCUUCCCUUUCUCUCUCAUUCUCCAGUGGAACGCAAACACUGACAUGAGGCUCUCGGCUGCCAACGAAGUCUUCAUGAAACAGGACUUUCUGGUGGGACUCACGGACCUCCCGCAUAAGCUUCACAGCAUCCCCCAAGUAUCCUUUCUGUCUGAAACAGACGUGGGCGAGUCCUCCAAAUUUCAGAUCCUUGAGCAGAAGCCAAAACAAAACAGCCCACCAUCCAACAUCUUUCUCGGAUUCGAUGAGGCUGAAGAAAUGACAGCUUUACGACUUGCAGCCGGGCCGGACUGCACUCCAAACUUGUGUUGCAAAAGGCACCUAGUUAAGGCAUUUCCUUUAACUCCCGUCGUCUUGCGUCAGCUGUGGUUUGUUCAUUUCGUGGUGGGGCCCUGCCUUCGGUCCUUGGAGGACACCGUAGCCAAAAUGGAAAGGCUCCAGAGGACGGCUCUGAAGAGCAAACAGGAUGAAAUCUGCAUCGUUCUAGAAAUGGCUGUCGCUCCGAGUCUGGGGAGAAAACUACCAAGCGCCUUGGAGGAGUCACCCUUGUUGCCCGAGAGAACAAAGAGCAACCAGGGGGCUCUUACCUGCCGGGAGACCCUCCGUCUUCUACCAGAUGGACCCCCGGAGGAGAUGGCCAUGCACUUGUUGACCGUCUUUGCAAGCUACUACAUCAGGCUCCUGGUCCUCGGUCAGCUCCCGAAGGUCCCGGCCAGGCGGCAUACGGACCUCGGCCAUAUCCCCUGCCUGUGCCAGUUUAUUGAGACCCAUGUGUUGGGAAAGAGAUCUUUACUAGAGAUGGCCAUGCACUUGUUGACCGUCUUUGCAAGCUACUACAUCAGGCUCCUGGUCCUCGGUCAGCUCCCGAAGGUCCCGGCCAGGCGGCAUACGGACCUCGGCCAUAUCCCCUGCCUGUGCCAGUUUAUUGAGACCCAUGUGUUGGGAAAGAGAUCUUGA